GGUGGCAAGACGCAGUGUAUCCAAGAAGUCUGCCCCAUUCUCUCAUGUCCCCAGCACCUCAGUCACAUUCCUAAAAAAAAACCCAAAUGCUUAGGACAGAGGAAAGUGUUUGACCUCCCAUUUGGAAGCUGCCUCUUUCACAGCAACGUGUAUGAUAAUGGGUCCUCGUUUAUUUACGACAACUGCACAAUGUGUACAUGCCGGGAUUCAACAGUGAUAUGUAAGAAGAGGUGCUUGCUUCCUGGCGAAUGCAAUAAAAACAAAGACCACUGCUGCAAGGAGUGUGUCUCAUAUAUCUCUCCUGAGGAAGUGAAAGUGUGCAAGUUUGGCAAUAAGAUCUUCCAGGAUGGAGAGAUGUGGUCCUCUGUGAACUGCACCAUCUGUGCUUGUGUGAAAGGCAAGACAGAGUGUCGCAAGAAACAGUGCAUUCCAGUCAGCAGCUGUCCUCAUGGUAAAAUCCUGAACAGAAAAGGAUGCUGUCCUAUUUGCACUGAAAAGCCUGGAGUUUGCACUGUAUUUGGAGACCCUCACUACAACACUUUUGACGGACGGACAUUUAACUUUCAGGGAACAUGUCAGUACGUUUUGACGAAAGACUGCUCCUCCUCUGACUCGCCCUUCCAGGUGCUGGUAAAAAACGAUGCCCGUCGGACCCGUUCUUUCUCCUGGACAAAGUCAGUGGACCUUGUGUUGGGCAGAAGCACUAUCAGCCUCCAGCAGCACCUCAACGUGAAGUGGAAUGGGACCCGCAUCUCACUACCUUGUGAGACACCACAAUUUCAGAUCGAUUUGGAUGGUUAUUUGCUGAAAGUGACAACCAAAGCAGGUUUGGAAAUCUCCUGGGAUGGAGACAGUUUUGUGGAAGUCAUGGCUGCGCCGCACCUGAAAGGCAAACUCUGCGGUCUGUGUGGCAAUUACAAUGGGCACAAGCGAGAUGACCUAAUUGGAGGGGACGGGAAUUUUAAGUUUGACGUGGAUGACUUUGCCGAAUCCUGGCGCGUGGAAUCCAAUGAAUUCUGCAGCCGCCUGCAGAGAAAACCUGUGCCUGAGCUCUGUCAUGGGACGGUCAGGGUGAAACUCCGAGCUCACCGGGAAUGCCAGAAACUCAAAGCGUGGGAGUUUCAGAGCUGUCAUUCAACGGUGGAUUACACCACAUUUUAUCGGUAA